AUGGCCGAAAUCACCAUCACCGGCUGGACCACCCGCGAUGUCCGGUUUCCCACCUCGCUGGACAAGACCGGCUCGGACGCCAUGAACGCGGCCGGCGACUACUCGUCCGCAUACUGCAUCCUCGAAACCGACUCGUCCUACACUGGCCACGGCAUGACAUUCACCAUCGGCCGCGGCAACGACAUUGUGUGCGCCGCCAUCAACCACGUCGCCGAGCGCAUCAAGGGCCGGACGCUCUCCAGCCUCGUCGCCCACUGGGGCCAGACCUGGCGCCAUCUCGUCAACGACAGCCAGCUCCGCUGGAUCGGCCCGGAAAAGGGCGUCAUCCACCUCGCCCUCGGCGCCGUGGUCAACGCCAUCUGGGAUCUCUGGGCCAAGACGCUCAACAAGCCCGUGUGGCGCGUCGUGGCCGAGAUGACGCCCGAACAGUUUGUCGACUGCAUCGACUUCCGCUACAUCACCGACGCCGUGACCCCCGUGGAGGCCAUCGCCAUGCUGAAGGAGACUGAAGCCGGCAAGGCCGACCGCAUCCGCGACGCCGAGAACAGCCGCGCCGUGCCCGCCUACACCACCUCGGCCGGCUGGCUCGGCUACGGCGAGGACAAGAUGCGCGCCCUCCUGCAGGACACCCUCUCCAAGGGGUACCGCCACUUCAAGCUCAAGGUCGGUGGCAACGUCGAGCAGGACAAGCGGCGGCUCACCAUCGCCCGCGAGGUGAUUGGCUACGACAACGGCAACAUCCUCAUGGUCGAUGCCAACCAGGUGUGGUCCGUGCCGGAAGCCAUCGAGUACAUGAAGGAACUCGCGCCCUUCAAGCCGUGGUUCAUCGAGGAGCCGACGUCGCCCGACGACAUCCUGGGCCACAAGGCGGUGCGGGACGCGCUGCGGCCAUACGGCAUCGGCGUGGCCACGGGCGAGAUGUGCCAGAACCGCGUCAUCUUCAAGCAGCUGCUCAUGUCGGGCGCCAUCGACGUGUGCCAGAUCGACGCGUGCCGUAUGGGCGGCGUCAACGAGGUGCUGGCGGUGCUGCUGAUGGCGAAAAAGUACGGCGUCCCCAUCGUGCCGCACUCGGGCGGCGUCGGCCUGCCCGAGUACACGCAGCACCUCAGCACCAUCGACUACGUCGUCGUCAGCGGCAAGCAGUCGGUGCUCGAGUACGUCGACCACCUGCACGAGCACUUCUUGCACCCGUCCGUCAUCAAGAACGGCUUCUACCAGACCCCGACCGAGCCCGGUUACAGCGUCGAGAUGAAGCCCGAGAGCAUGGAUCGGUUCGAGUUUCCGGGGGGGGAGGGCAGCUGGUGGAGGAGCGAGGAGGCGAGGCCGAUAUUGGAAGGCGUCAAGAUAUAG